AUGUAUCCUCCACCGCGACCCCGACCAUAUCCUCGACGAGGAGUAAGAUUUAUUCGUCGAGCGCCAGCACCAGGAGCUGUUGGAAUACCAUUAGGUGCAGGUGCUGGUGCUGGUGGUAUUGGCGGUUUGAUUGGUGGUUUAGCCUUACCACUUCUUUGUCUUGGUUGCCUAGCAUCACUAGCCUUACUAGGACUUUUUGCUACUAUGAUUGGUGCUACAGCUUAUAUGAACGCUAUUCAACGACAAGUUCGUAGAAAUGUUCAAGGUGCUGGUACAAUGAUUGAACUCAAUAUCGUCGUUCUCUUCUGUGCUUUUCUUUGCUCGAUUUAUAUGUUAUCAAAACAUCGUCGUGGUGUUAGCACCUGA